AUUUUUGAAAGCUAUUGUCAAGGUGAGUGGAAAGAAAAUAUUUUAUACAAAAAUAUAAAAAGGCUUAUAAAAUUAAUUUGCUAUGAAACCCGCAAUCGUAGCAGAUGAAAUGUUUCCUGAAGGUGCAGGGCCAUACAUGGAUCUGGAGGAGGCAGGUGGCUCUUCUGGUUUACUAAUGGAUUUAACUGCAAAUGAGAAGGCAGUGCACGCAGAAUUUUUUAAUGAUUUUGAGGAUUUAUACGACGACGAAGACUUGCAGUAGGAUCGAGUUAGCAUAUAUUAAAAAAAACUGAGAUGUGUUAUUUGUUUUAUUAACAGAACAUCUGUUUACAAUAUUAUUGUAAUUUACCAAAUACUGUUUAUAGGUACCAAAAAUUAAUUUUUGUCGUAAUCACAGUUCGAAAGUGUAAUUUUGUAAAUUUUGUCGUGUAAGUUGUACUACAUUUUAAUGUAUUUAUGUAUUGUAAAUAAUAAAAAACUAUUCUAGAAAAUGGCAUCUAUAAUUGUAGAUUUUAAAACCCUAUAUGUUACAAUUUGAACAUAAUACAGGUAAUAAAACGUUUUGUACAAUUAUGUAAAUCUGGACAAUUUGUUCACAUCAAAUAAAACCUUCUAGUUGUGCUGAAAAUUAGAAAUUGUCACUUAAACGUACAUUUAACAAAAUUUAAAAAUCCAAAAUUAAACGUUUUAUAUUAAUCUUAACUCUUCUUAACAAAAAAAAGGAGGAAAAUUCCAUCAAAUAUAUACAAAAAUAAUUACAUAACCUUUUUACGAACUAAACAAUAAAAUUUGUUAUUUUAAUAUGUACAGGUUCCUACAAAGGCAAUUCGAACGAAAGGAAUUUCCAUUAUACCUCACUGAACAAAAUAUUGGUCCACUACAAAAAAAUCUGACCAUAUCUACAACUUGUAAGCACUUGUUCUUAUCACUUUAUCUGUGUAAAUAUUCUCCAAAAACUUAACAAAAGCUCCGUAUAAUCUAAAACAAUGAGAUAUAAUUAACACAAAGAAAUAAACUAGAGAAUUAUACAAUAAUGCGUAAAUUAUAGUGGUUUCUUUUAUUAUCAGAUUUUUAUG